AAAUAUCGCCAGUGGCUCGGACUUCCCGGUCACCAAACUGUCUGCGACGCUUCCAGAACUGGGAAUUUGCAACCGUUUUUUCGAGAUUUGUUAUCGGCCGUCGGAUUAUCAUCGGAUCUCAGAUGGGUGACGUGUCAGAACGUGAGAGAAAGAUCCUUGUGGCCGUCGACGAGGGCGAGGAGAGCUUGUACGCGCUCUCUUGGUGUUUGAGGAAUGUAAUUUCUCAAAAUUCCAAAGAUACCCUUAUCCUCCUCUACGCUCGGCCACCCCGCCCGAUUUACACCGCCAUGGAUGGCACUGGGUAUUUGUUUUCAGCGGAUAUUAUGGCCACGAUGGAGAGGCAUAGUCGUGACGUGGCGGCGGCCAUUGUGGCGAAGGCCAAGAAGCUAUGCAAGGAUCUAAAUAAUGUGAAGGUGGAGACAAGAGUGGAAAGUGGAGAUGCAAGGGACGUAAUAUGUGAGAUGGUGGAGAAAUUGGGUGCUGACGUGUUGGUCAUGGGUUGCCAUGGCUAUGGUCCAAUCAAAAGGGCAUUGAUUGGUAGUGUGAGCAACCAUUGUGCAAAGAUUGUGAAGUGCCCCAUUUUAAUUGUAAAGAAGCCCAAAGACUCAGCUGCUCAGCUCAGUAAAUAAAAAUGUUUCCAUUUUUUUUUA